UAAGAGAAGCAUCUGAAAUGUUCCUAAACCUUAAUUUGCUCAAAAGAAAAAGAUUGAUUUCAGAGGAUUCGCCUUUGCAGUAGAAUCAUCCAAAUUCUCGAAUUAGGUAUGGAGAGAGGAAGAGGAAAGUGGGGAUCAGUAUCUCGUGGUUUGAUUCCUCUGCUAGGGCUGCAUACAGUGAGUGAGUAUUCCAGAUUAGACAGAAAACCCCCUAUUACUGCUGCACUUCUUGCCGCUAAUACCAUUAUUUACUUGAGGCCCAAAUUUAUUCAUCCUUUCCUCCCCACAAUCGAUCAAGUUUGGUUUAAUCCUCACCUUAUCCUCAAGUACACAGACCUCAAGCGAUUCUUCCUGUCGCCGUUCUUCCACAUAAAUGAAUCUCACCUGGUGUACAAUAUGCUUUCACUUUUGUGGAAGGGUAUUCAAUUGGAGAUAUCGAUGGGUAGUGCAGAGUUUGCAUCAAUGGUUGCAACCUUAGUUGCUAUGUCCCAAGGUGUCACACUGUUGCUUGCAAAAUCACUUCUGCUGUUCUUUGAUUACGAGAGACCCUACUAUAAUGAAUACUCUGUGGGUUUUUCUGGUGUCCUCUUCGCCAUGAAAGUUAUCGUCAAUGCACAAUCAGAUGAGUAUACCUCUGUACAUGGACUUAUGGUUCCUACUCGUUAUGCUGCCUGGGCAGAGCUUGUUCUCAUACAAAUGUUUGUCCCUGGUGUCUCAUUCCUUGGCCACCUUGGGGGAAUACUAGCUGGCCUUCUGUAUUUGCGAUUAAAAGCGUCAUAUUCAGGUCUGAAUCCAGUUAGACAAUUCAUGAGAAGCUUUAGCCAUGCCCUGAGCUUGCCUUUAAGAUUAGUGAAGAGCUUAUUUCGAAACCGACCAAGAAUUACUGGGAGAGGAACUGCUGGUGGGAGGAUUGCACGAAAUACACUUCUUACGUGGAGAUGUGAUGCAUGUACAUUUGAUAAUUCAGGUAGGCUGAAUGUUUGUGAAAUGUGUGGCACAGGUCGUACCGGUGAUGCACCAUCAUCCCCUGGUCCAACAAGUGAGAUACGUGAUCUAUCUUUGGAAGAAUUAAGGCGUAGGAGGAUUCAACGAUUUGCUAGAUCAUAAGGCAAAUUGUUAUCAAGUUUAGAUGGAAAUGUCAUAAUCGCAUUCAUGUAGAUAGUCAAUAUGGGGCCUUAGCACCCAUCACGAUGUUCGUCAGACUCGUGUUAUUCUAGAUGGUGGAGAUGUUAUUGAAUGUGAACCAAUAUUGGUUUAUGUAAGGGAUGGAGAAAAUUGCAGAAAAUCGAACAAUUAUCCAAUAUUUGCCUUAUGUAACACGUUGGGAUUAUUUAGCUACUGUGGUCAAAAAGUAAUAACCAUAAAUGGAUUCGAACAA